AUGGGUAGACGUUCAAUAAACACCACGAAAAGUGGUAAAUUUAUGAACCCUACAGACCAGUUUCGUAAAGAAGCAAGAAAGAGGGAAUUGAAAAAGAACAAAAAACAAAGAUUUUUAGUUCGACAUGCUGUGUUGAAAGGAAAAGAUCCAAUGAAAUUAUUACAAGAAAUGGAAGUUAUUGAUAAAAUGGAAUACAAUCCACUUGAAGCCCCUUCAUUAAAUGAAAAGGUGUUACGAGAUAAAAGAAAAAAGUUAUUAGAAACAUUUGUCAGGGUUUUACGACUUUAUGACAAAGAAAAUCCAGAAUAUGGUAUAGAGCUGAAGAAAGCUCAAGCUGAAUAUGAAAAGAAGAGAACACAAAUGCACAUUUAUUAUGGUAAGUGCAGACUUUUAUAUAGGGUAUUCAUAGAUAUUCUGUGA